GCUUGGCAUGGUUUUGGCCAUUGGCUGUGCCUCACUCCAGCUCCUCCAGAGGAUCCGUAAGAAACGAGCCUGGAUCCUGCUCCUGUAAGUUGAUGGCAACGUUUAAAUGCCCCAAAUACUCGGAGGCGAAGCAGAAUGCUGAGGAGAGACGCAUCUCGAUCUUAUCAGGAGUUCAAUGGUGAGGACUGUGCUGGGCCACUUGGGUCUGAUCAGAAUAAUGAUGUUUCUGAAGUGGAGCAAGAUCAAGCCAGCUGUGACCCUUCACCAGAUGAGAACGUUGUGGACAACAAUCUAAUGACCAUUGGUUUCAACAAAGCUUGUGUGAAGAAUGUUUUCACAGUCAUCCUCGUCCUCAUUUACUUGCUGCUCACUACGGUGGCUGUGUUCUUGGCCUACCAAACCAUUUCAGACUUCAUGGAGAAGCUCAACCAUCCGGUGAUGUCUGUUUCAUACAAAGAGGUUGAGGAGUUUGCUGCACCAGGAAUUGCUUUAUAUCCCGGGAAGGCACAGUUAUUAAGUUGCGUGCAUCACUAUCACGACAACAUUCCACCUCUUGUUGCACUGGACAGACUAAAGGGAAGAAACUGUAUAAAAGAGGAGGUUAUUUACUACGGGCCAUAUUCAAACCAGACGCAAACGCGAGCCAUAGUGGUCAGCGGGCCGACUGACGUGAGGAACCGAGAACUUAUAUUCCUCCAGUUCAGCCGGAAUGAAACCGAAGAGGAUUUCAGUGCAAUCAGUUACAUGAUUUUUGCCAAAUUUAGCGACAUGCUUGAAAGCUCAGAUAAAGCUGCUUUUAUGAUGGACUGUGAAAGGAAUUACUCAAUGUGGACCUUCUCUGGAGGCUUUCGGACAUGGGUCAAAAUGUCUUUGGUCAAGACGUCAGGCAGAGGAAAUGAAUCGGUUGAAUUUAGACAGGAGUCCAAUGUGGUGAAGUACUUCGACAAGAGGCCUCCACAGGAGCAAGCCAAUGAGCUUUUCUUUGUUGUCUUCCAAUGGCGAGAUCCAUUUAUACAGCAAGUCAAAGAUAUGCUAGGACACGACCCUGCAGUGGUUUUGUGGUUGGCUUGUGUGCUGCACUCUCAGCAGGCUGCAUUUAGCUUCUUGACUUGA